AUGGCUGGUCCACAAGGCGCCCUCGCUACCUCCUUUAAGGCGGUCCGAAUACUCCAGGCUAUCAGCCUCAUUGCCAUCAUUGGAAUGACUGCCAACUUCAUUGCUCAGAUGGUCAACGCCAAUGCCACUCCCCCAGAUGUGCUCAUCGGCACUCUGAGCGUGACCGUCAUUGCAGUCUUGUACUGCGCUAUCACCUUCAUCCUUUUCCUUGAUGGCGCUCUCCCAUAUUUAAUUAACCUUGGCUUGGAUGGAGCCCAUUUGAUUGCUGUCGUCGUCGUCGCCGUCACUGUCGGAAAGCCGCUAUCAUAUCUGAACUGCAACGUGAUCGGACAAGUCUCUGGCGGCCAUGCAUCCGUGUAUGAUUUCGCUAACGCUCUUGGCCAGAGCCUUGCCAAGGAUGGCGGAAAGAUCAGUUACACUCAUUGGAUCGGGGCAUCUAAGCUCACCUGCUAUGAAAUGAAGUCGAUCUGGGGUCUGAGCAUAGCUCUUUGCAUCCUGUUUGCCUUCUCUGCUAUCUGCAGUGCCUGUCUCUGGCGCCAAACCAAAGCCAGCGCUCCCAAAGACAUUGAAAGCUAG